ACCACACAUCCCCUUUUUCCUCUGUAAGGAGAUUUAUACAUUCUUUCACCCACAGUCAAUAUGUCUGCUACCACUGCCUCAUCUUCCACUACCAGUGGAUUUGCUUCUUCUUCUUCUUCUGCUACCAUUGAAAAGAAAGGUAACAUUGCAACAUUACAAAACACCGUUACUUCAAACAUAACUGCCAUUGAUACCUAUGGUAACACAUUCAAAGCACCAGAUUAUACAAUUAAGGACAUCUUGUCUGUUAUUCCAGCCCAUUGCUAUGAACGUAGGUUAUUGACUUCAUUCUACUAUGUUUUCAGAGAUAUCUUCUGCAUGGUUGCUUUGGGAUUUGCUGCCAACAACUAUAUCCACCUCAUUCCUAAUGUCUAUGCCAGAUUUGCUGCUUGGGCUACCUACGUUUGGUUCCAAGGUUUGUUUGGAACUGGUAUCUGGGUCUUGGCUCACGAAUGUGGUCACCAAGCCUUUUCUGAUUACGGUUGGGUUAAUGAUUUGACUGGUUGGGUUUUACAUUCAUAUUUAUUAGUGCCAUACUUUUCCUGGAAGUUCAGUCAUGGUAAGCAUCACAAGGCUACUGGCCACAUCACCAGAGAUAUGGUUUUCGUUCCAAAGACUAAGGAACAAUUCUUAGAAGCCAGAGGUGUUACUGAUUUAGAUGACAUUGUUGGUGAUUCUCCAAUUUACACUUUGGCCCAAUUGAUUUUCCAACAAACUGUCGGUUGGAUUGGAUACUUAUUCUCCAAUGUUUCUGGUCAAAAGUACGCCGGUUACAGUAAAUUCGCUGUCAGUCAUUUCAAUCCAAGUUCUCCAAUUUUCGACAAGAAGGAUUAUUGGUUUGUUAUCAUGUCUGAUAUUGGUAUUUUGAUUCAAGCUACUGUCUUAUACAUGUGGUACAAGAAUUAUGGUACUUUCAACUUUGUUGUCAACUACUUUUUGCCAUACGUCUUGGUUAACCACUGGUUAGUUUUUAUUACCUACUUACAACACUCUGACCCAAGAAUGCCACAUUACGAAGCCUCCCAAUGGAAUUUUGCUCGUGGUGCUGCUGCCACUAUGGACAGACAAUUUGGCUGGGUUGGUCCACACAUUUUCCACGAUAUCAUUGAAACUCACGUUUUGCACCAUUACGUUUCUAGAAUUCCAUUUUACAAUGCUCGUGAAGCCAGUGAAGCUAUUAAGAAGGUCAUGGGUGAACACUAUCAAUUCAGUGAUGAAAAUAUGUGGGUCUCUUUGUGGAAAUCCGGUAGAUGGUGUCAAUUCGUUGUUGGUGAUAACGGGGUAUUGAUGUAUAGAAAUACCAAUGGUUUCGGAGUUGAUCCAAGGAAAAAGACUCAUUAAGUAUUUACCCGUAUAUAUAAAAAUAGAAAUAUAAAUAUAUAAAUUAUAAAUCUUCUAGAUCAUCAUGAACGUUUUUGUAUGUUGUUUGUAAGUUAUAUAAUCUUGGCCGAAAAACUUGAUGAGGAACCCUUCUUCAAAUUCAAUCCGAAGCUUGAAGAACUUCCAAAGAAUGUAUCCCCCAAUGAAUAAUACGGCUAUGUUGUUCAAGUACAAUUGCAAUCCAACAAACCACCAGAAAAACCCAAAAUAACUUGGAUGUCGUAUAUACUUGUAAACACC